UCGCGCCGCUGGCUCUGGCUGCUGAGCCUUCCGCCCUGACCAGAACACGUUCAUCUUGCCUGUUCACACUCUUGACUCGCUCUACCCUUCUACGACUCACUGUGUUUUCUCCUCUGAUUUACUUCAGCACAACCAGUGGCGAGUGAUCGUUCAAGCACAAUCAAAAACAACGAACAACAUUAGCAGAAUUUAGGAAGGCUGGUUUUUCUAACACCUUCUCUCUCUUCUCUUCUCAAAUUUCUCUUCUUUCAUUCCUUCUCUCCUUCACAGCGCAUUACCGCAGGAACAACAACCAGCAGCUACUUUUGAAACCCUUCUCCUGGCGAGAAGCUCUAAGCAGCAACACAAACAACAACACUCCUUGACAGAAAAAAGAAACGUCAUUACUAUGAAGUUCACAAACAACCUGGACCGAGCCGGCCUCGGUCUGCUCCUCUGCGCGCUCCCCGCCACCGUCGACGCGCACUCGUGGGUCGAGAAGAUCUUCCGCAUCAACCCUGACACCCGCCAGUUCCUCGGCUCCCCUGCCUACGCUCGUGGCGGUGAUUUCCGAGCCCUCGUGCCGGAGGGCAUGACGGACGACAAAUGGAUCUACCGCCUGCCGCCCGACGGUGGCUGGACCGGCGACGAGAACAUCAACAAGCAGCCCCUGUCUGCAGCCAUUGCGGACAUGGAGCUCGACGCCAGCCCCGGCGACUGGAUCGCCAUUCAACAUCUGGAGAACGGCCAUGUCACCACGAAAGCACCCGGUCGCCCCCUCAACAGCGGCACCCUCUUCCUCUACGGCACGACCGAGCCCACGGACAAUGACAAGAUUGCCGACAUCCACCUCAAGUGGAACGCGGACGGCACCGGCGGCAACAAGAAGGGCAAGCUCCUGGCCACGCGCAACUUUGACGACCUGCAGUGCUACGAGGGUCGUCCCCCCGGCACUGACGAUGCGUUUGCCCGCACCCGCGCCAGUGCUAUCGGCACCGACCCGGCGGACAGCCUCCCCUGCCAGGCGGACAUUCAGCUGCCCACCGACCUGGAGCCCAACUCGCGCUACACCAUCUACUGGCUCUGGGACUGGCCCAUCCUCGACGAGACCAAGAUCGACAUGAACGCCACCGCCGAGGGCAAGUUCCCCUGGUCCGGCAGCUGGGUGCGCGGCGACAAGGACAUUGGCUUCGACUCGGACGUCAUCCUCAACGGCGAGAGCUACACCAGCACCAUUGACAUCAACAUCGUCCCCAGCAUGGGCAACGCGAGCAUCAGCGCCAACCAGGCUGCGGCCAACACCCUCUUCCAGGGCAAGGCGGAGCCGUACUCCGAGGCUAUCAAGGAGCAGCUCAGCACGGACUAUGGUGUGUCUUUCCCCCAGCCUGCGGCGGGCGACGGCGAAGCUCCUGUCGAGUCUUCUCCUGGCGUCCCGGCUGCCUCUGAGACCUCAACCACGCCGGAGGAGUCUGUCGCUCCUCAGCCAGAGGACCCCGUCGCCAGCUGCACCGGUGCCCCCAUGAUGACGCCUGACCCCGUCACUGUCACAGUCACCGUUACUGAUACGCCCGCUGCGCCCUGCACUUCAGCAAUGUCGACAUCGACUGUCACCGAGGUCGUCACCCAGACCACCACGGUGACGCCCUCGCCCUCGUCCAAGUCCACCAGCACGUCCACCGUCAUCGUCGAGGAGACGCAGUACGUCACCGUGGCGGCUCCCGAGGAGACACCCGUAGUGGUCAACAACGCUGCUAUGCCCGCGUCCACCACCCGCCGCGGUUUCGUCCUGCCGGGCUUCAUCGGCCAGGAGCUGCCGUCGUCCGAGUCUACCACGACGACGGCUACUGUCGCAUCGAUUGUACCGACAGCUCUGCGCAAUCGCGUCAAGCUGCCGUUUGUCGCCUAGACGCAGACGGGACGG